AUGUCCAGCAAUCAGCACAAAAACUUUUCAGCAGAAACUUUCAGUCUACUCGCUCAUAUGAUGAAUAUGACAUUAAACAAAGCUGAACAGCUGUCUCAACGCAAUCAGUUACCAACUGAAAACCCAAGAUCGUAUGAGAGUUCCGAGAUGAAAGACAAGAAUGAAGUAUCAUCAGAAAAUGCAUCAUUAUCGGUUCCAAGAAUCAAUUCAUCAAGAGGUGAAGCGCAGCCAAUUGCUUCACAUGACGCUGCUGUUGAUUUGUUUUCUGCUGAUAUCGCAACUGGACAAAAGUAUAGAACUUACUGUAAACCCAUUACGAUUGAAAUCUCAAACGAAUGCCCAAGUGCAACAUUUAAUUACAUGAUGAAAGCACGGAAAGAUGCGAGAGAUAUUCAAGUUCCUGCAAAGAUCUCAGUAACUCAAUUACGUGAAGCAGGUAUUUAUAUUAAUUUCCAGCUAGACACACACCUACAUCCUGAACUUCCACCGCUGUACAUUUGCAUAUUCUGCCCGAAUUAUGUGCCGAAACAGGUGUGGAUCAAUGGAAAAGAAUGUAUUCAUUAA